AUGUCUGACGAAAAUAAACAAUCAUUUAAUCUUGAAGAUGAAUCAGAAUUAAAUGUAAAUGAUAAUGAUGUAUUUCAUAUAGAUGAAGAAGAUAAUGUAAAAAAUCAUGACAAUCAAUGGAUUAAUGAAUUACGUUUAGCACUUGAACGUGGAUGUGAUUUAGGAUCAAUAAGAUCUAUUGGAAAAUGUCGACCAUUGACAGAUGAUUUACGUUUAGCAGUUUGGAAAACUUGUCUUGAUAUCAAUGAUGUUAAUGAAUAUGAUUAUAUUGAUAGUGAUGUAUUUGAUUUACCUGAACAAAGUCUAAUACGUGAAGAUGUUGUACGUUUAGUGCGUUCAUUAAAAAUAAAUCAAGAUGUUGAAGCAUCAAAAAUGAGUGAUAUUGAAGCAGUUAUAACAUUCUAUUGCAAAAAAUAUAAUGAAAAUUAUGCAAAAGGAAAUGGAUGGAUUGAUAUAUUAAAACCAUUGAUUACACUAGAAUAUAAAGAUCGAGCUGAACUCUAUGAAUUAUUUGCUAAUAUUCGUAAUCGUUAUAUUUCUCGUUGUUGUGAAGCUAAUGGAACACCUUAUCAUUUAUUUCGAUUAUUAUUACUUUAUCAUGAUCCAGAAUUAUGCAGUUUUUUUGAUACUAAAAAAAUUACACCAGAUUCAUAUGCAUAUAUUUGGGUUCGAAGUUUGUAUGCAGGAUCAUGUUCAUUAGAUGUUAUACUUCAUCUUUGGGAUGGAUAUUUUCAACAUGCUGAUCAAUUUUUUAUUUUUUUUCUUGCUCUUGUAUUACUUAUGUUUGCUAAAGAAAAAAUGUUCGAAAUGGCUGGUAAAGAAAAAGAUGAAAUUAUUACUUUUCUAUCUAAAGCACCAUCAAAUUUAACUAUUGCUGAUCUUGAAGAUUUUUGUUCAUUAGCUAAUCAUUAUGCUUCUAAUACACCUCAAUCAUUCCGAAAAGAAUUUUAUUCAUGUUUAUUUGAUGAAACCGAUAGUUCGAUUUCUCAAAAAGCAUCUUCAAUUUAUCAAACAUUAUGUUUACCUGUUUCAGCUAAAGAAUUACUUCAAGCAAAUCAAUUGGGCGGAACAGCAGGUGUCAGAUAUUUUAUUGUCGAUUGUCGACCAGCUGAACAAUACAAUUCUAAACAUCUUUAUACAGCAUUCCAUCUUGAUUCAAAUCUUUUACUCGAAGAUCCAAAAGAAUUUGGUGGAACUGUUGAUGCUCUUCUUGCUGCACAAAAACAUGCAAUUGAAGCUGGAUCAACAGCGGGAGGUGAACAUUUAUGUUUUAUGGGUUCUGGUCGUGAUGAAGAAGAUAAAUAUGUUCGUAUGGUUGUUGCUUAUUUUCUUCGACGAAAUAUUAAAUAUGUUAGUAUUGCAUCCGGAGGUUAUAGAGUUCUUGCUAAAGCAAUCGAAGAUCCAUCAAUGAUAACUAAAGCAAAACCAAAUACAACAAAACAUGAUGAAACAUCUAUUGGAUCAACAAUUAAACAUAAUAUAGUAGAAAAAUUACCUGUUAUUAAUACACAAACGACUGCAUUUAUUAAUAUGAUAUCAAGUGCUGUUAAAACUAAAUCAUUAGAAGUAAGAGAUAAAGUUAAAGAUUAUAUAACAAACACAUCAUUAACUGAAUCAACUCAUCUAAUAACCAAACAUGUUAUUUUUUCACUCGAUGGUGAUGAUGAUGAUGAUGAACACGCAUCAUCAUCAAAACAACAUGAUGCACCUGAAUUAGUUGAUAUUGAAUCAUGGUUUCUACGUAAUGAUAUGUUAUAUAAAUAUGAAUGUGAACAUUUUGAUGAACAUAAUCGAACACAUCCAAGUCUUCUAUUGGUUUCAUCAACACAUUUAUAUAUUUUACGAAAAUUACCUGAACAUAAAACAAUGGCAAAUCUUAUAUGUCGUCGUCCAAUAGACACAAUAACAAAAAUAACAAGUAAAAAACAUUUUCCUGAAAUAAUAACAUUUCGUUAUGGACCAAAACAAAAUGAACAAGAAGAAAAAUCGAAAAUGAAAACAGAAGUUCCUAUGGAAUUUGAUAGAGUUUAUUUACCUGAUGCUGGUGAUGCAACAAAAAAUAUUAAAUUAUUAAUUAUAAAAACAUUAAAUAUGUUUGAUAAUCUAGAUGAACCUGUAUCAAGUUGA